AUGGCGCUGGAGAACUCUGUCUUCGCCUCCCGCCCGGAAUCCCUCUCUCUCCCGGUGGAGGAGAAGGGGGAAGGGGAGGAGGUGGAGGUGGCCACCGAGGCCUCCGCGGAGGUCUUCAACCUGUCGGAGGAGCUGGGCCACGUCGUCACCACGGAGACGCCGCUGUAUCCUCCCGUCCUGGCCAGGGUCCACAGGUCGUUCCAGGCCAAGCUAGCCGAGCGGGAGGCCAAAGCCAACGAGCCCAGGAAGAAGACGCAGGGGGCGGAGAAGGAGAGGGGGCGAUUCGGGUGGGGUCGGACUAAGCGCAAGAGGCAACGCUACGUGGAGAAGAACGGCCGAUGCAACGUAUCGCACGGGAACAUGCGGGAGACUUACCGCUACCUGACGGACAUCUUCACCACGCUGGUGGACCUGAACUGGCGCUGCUCGCUCUUCGUCUUCGUCAUGGCCUACGCCGUCACAUGGCUCUUCUUCGGGGCCAUCUGGUACCUCAUCGCCUACUGCAGGGGCGAUCUGGACCAUCUGGAGGACGAGAGUUGGACGCCGUGCGUCAACAAUGUCAACGGCUUCAUCUCGGCCUUCCUCUUCUCCAUCGAGACGGAGACCACCAUCGGCUACGGCCACCGGGUCAUCACUGACCAGUGUCCGGUGGGCACCAUGCUGCUGCUGCUGCAAGCCAUACUGGGAUCCAUGGUCAACGCCUUCAUGGUGGGCUGCAUGUUCGUGAAGAUCUCGCAGCCCAACAAACGGGCCGAGACGCUGGUGUUCUCCAAGCACGCCGUCAUCUCUCUGAGGGACGACAAGCUCUGUCUGAUGUUCCGGGUCGGAGACCUGCGCAGCUCCCACAUCGUCGGAGCCAACAUGAGGGCCAAGCUCAUCAAGUCCAAGCAGACGCAGGAAGGUGAGUUCAUCCCUCUGGACCAGACGGACAUCAGCGUGGGCUUCGAGACCGGCGACGACCGCCUCUUCCUCGUCUCGCCGCUGGUCAUCUCCCACGAGAUCGACACAAAUUCGCCUUUCUGGGACAUGUCCCAGUCCCAGCUGGGGAAGGAGGACUUUGAGAUCGUGGUCAUCCUGGAGGGGAUGGUGGAGGCCACUGGGAUGACGUGCCAGGCGAGGAGCUCCUACCUGGCGGAGGAGGUGCAGUGGGGUCACAGGUUCAGCCCCAUGAUGUCUCUGGCAGAGGGAUUCUUCGAUGUCGACUACGGAGCGUUUCAUCACACGUUUGAGGUGAACACGCCCUCCUGCUCAGCGCAAGAGAUCUCAUUGGCCACGGCCCGACUCGACGCCCAUCUGUACUGGUCCAUCUCCAGCAGGCUGGAUGAGGAGCCCACGCUGACCAACGAGGCGGCCAAGCAGCCGGACAGCGGCUCGGCCAGCAGCAGGGGGGGGGAGCCCACCUUCAUUGUCGGGGAGAUGACGGACAUUCAGGAGCAAUCAGGACUGGGCGAGCUGAACGGCAGCGUCGCCACCGACCAAUCGGAAUCAGAGGCCUAG